AUGUCGAGGAAUUUGUUACUAGCUUAUCAGAGCUUUGGUGUAGUUUACGGGGACUUGGGUACUUCACCUCAUUAUGUUUACUCAAGCACCUUUUCUGGGAAGUUAGAGAAACAUAUUAGCCAAGAUUCAAUCUUUGGUGCUUUUUCAUUGAUCUUUUGGACUCUUACUCUUAUCCCUUUGCUUAAGUAUGUCUUUGUCUUACUCAGUGCUGAUGAUAAUGGUGAAGGUGGGACCUUUGCUCUUUACUCACUGCUUUGCCGCCAUGCUAAGUUUAGUUUGCUUCCCAACCAGCAAGCAGCUGAUGAGGAGCUCACUGCCUAUAAAUAUGGUCCAUCUUCUCAGCAUGCUAGUUCCUCUCCCUUGAAGAGAUUUUUGGAGAAGCAUAAAAGGUUAAGGACUGCCCUUUUAGUUGUUGUGCUGUUUGGAGCUUGCAUGGUCAUUGGUGAUGGUGUCCUUACUCCUGCUAUCUCAGUUCUAUCUUCGGUUUCAGGGCUUAAAGUUACAGAAAAGAAAUUAACUAGUGGUGAACUUCUCUUGAUUGCUUGUUGCAUCUUGUUCUUUAAGGAGACUGGUAAAGAUGGUUGGAUUUCUCUUGGUGGGAUUCUUCUUUCUAUAACUGGAACCGAAGCUGUGUUUGCAGACCUUGGUCAUUUUACGGCUUUGUCAAUAAGGCUUGUGUUUGCUUUUGUUGUAUACCCAUGUUUGGUUGUACAAUACAUGGGUCAAGCUGCAUACUUGUCCAAAAGCCCCGAUAAGAUUCAUUGCAGCUUUUAUAAUUCAAUCCCUGAAUCUGUAUUUUGGCCGGUGUUUGUUGUUGCCACGCUAGCAGCUAUUGUUGGCAGCUAG